AUGAAUCUAUGCGUGCAUGAAGACGCACAGCGCGCGGUCAACAAUCUGUCCCCUAUCCCCCCGACAAUCCGUGCUAUUGUCCUCGACUACACCAACUUCUGGCCUCGCAUUGCUCAGCUUGUUCGCACCACCAAGCCUCUCGUUGAUGCCAUCGGGAACGUCGAGUCCCGGAACGCCGGGCUCGCAGACUGCAUGCUUGAACUACUCCGCUGCGCGCAAGCGAUGAUGCGGCUUGACCUUGGCGACAAUGAUGAUCCUGGCUUCUGGGACCACGCCAAGAUUAUGGACACCGAGCACCAUGGACUCGCUCUCUACCUUCACCCGCUGUGCCGCCAUCUUGCUAUGGAGGUCACAGCUUUGACCAUCGCUAAGAAGUGGGGCUGGUCGAUAGAAAGGGCGAAGGGGCUCCAAGCCGACCUCAUCAAGUACCACCGCUCGGAACAGCCAUUUGAAGGCGGGGAUCCAGACGCGCUGAAGUGGUGGAACAACUCACGCAUUGACGGGCAGCAGCAUCCUCUCAAGGCCUUCGCACUCGCCAUCCAUCACAUUGUCCCGCACGCUGCUGAGAUUGAACGAGUCUUCUCAGGUCUCGGUUGCACUCAGUCUCCCCGGCGUUGCCGCCUCAACCUCGACACAUUCGAGAAGCUUGGGAAGAUCCGGACAAACCUGCACUCACACCUACACUCGCACAUGGUGUCCAUCGGCCGGCCAGUGCAUCGCAAGCACGCCCACAUGCGGACACGAGAGGAGGGUGGGUCGAAUGUCGUGCUCGCACAGGAACUCGAGAGGACGUUCACAUGGAAACCGCCAUUGGCGACGGAAGGCGGAAUCACCGACCCGUUUGAAGCCCCAGAGGACAUCACGGUGGACGAGCUAGAUCGCGCAUUCAAGGAAUUCGAAGGCGAGCUUCAACGCGAGGCCAACGACCCGAACGCAGACCGGGACAAGCCUCCGAGCGAUGCUGGCUCGGGUGUCCUUGAAGGUCGCUCCUAUAGCUUCGAGGAGCUCGAUCGCGUGAACAAGGGCGUUGCCCCGGAGGUUUUGCAGGACGACUUGAAGGUGAUCGAGGAUGCCGGGGACGAUGCAGAAUGGGACAUCGCAGAUCUAGUGUCGGGAAAUCGAGCAGUAUGA